UUCCGGUCCGUAGCUUCCGGUGUGUAGUGGUGCUAGGAAGGAACCACCGGAAGUGGGGCAUUUGAGGGUUGUUUUGAGCUCCUUUCGGUGUGUGAGGCUGAACAAACCGAAAAGAUGGGGAAGCGCCAGCAUCAGAAGGAUAAGAUGUACAUUACCUGUGCAGAGUAUACUAACUUUUAUGGAGGAAAGAAAGCAGAUAUUCCAAAGUCGAACUUUAGACGCUUACCAUUUGAUCACUGCAGCUUGUCUUUGCAGCCUUAUGAAUAUCCUGUCUGCACUCCUGAUGGAAUAGUGUUUGAUUUGCUGAGCAUUGUUCCUUGGAUAAAGAAAUUUGGCACAAACCCCAUCACAGGAGAGAAAUUGGAAGCCAGAUCCCUUAUUAAGCUGAACAUUGCCAAGAAUCAGGAUGGGAAGUAUCACUGUCCAGUACUGUUUUCUGUAUUUACCAACAAUUCCCACAUUGUGGCUAUUAGCAAGACAGGAAAUGUUUUCUCGAAUGAGGCUGUUGAACAAUUAAAUAUUAAACCAAAGAGUUACAAAGACCUACUAACCGAUGAACCUUUCACCCGCCAAGACAUUAUAACUUUGCAGGAUCCUUCUAAGCUGGAGAAAUUUAAUGUCUCGGAUUUCUAUCACGUCAAAAACAACCUGAAAGUCAUAGACCCUGAGGAAGAAAAAGCUCGCCAGGACCCAUCAUAUCACCUGAAAAAUGCCAACAUGGAAACACGGGAGACACUCAGUGAACUGUACAAAGAAUUCAAAGGGGAUAAAAUGUUGGCGGCCACCAUGAAAGGCCCAGAGAAAAAGGCAACAGAUAAACUCAAUGCGGCCCAUUACUCUACAGGGGCUGUGAGCGCAUCUUUUACCUCUACAGCAAUGACUCCUGAGACCACCCAUGAGGCUGCUGCCAUUGCUGAAGAUACCGUCCGCUAUCAAUAUGUGAAAAAGAAGGGCUAUGUUCGUCUUCACACCAACAAGGGUGACCUUAAUCUGGAGCUUUAUUGUGACAAAACCCCAAAGACUUGUGAGAAUUUUAUCAAGCUCUGCAAGAAGAAUUACUAUGAUGGGACUAUCUUCCACCGCUCUAUUAGGAACUUUGUGAUACAAGGAGGAGACCCUACAGGCACAGGAACAGGCGGUGAAUCUUGCUGGGGAAAGCCUUUCAAAGAUGAGAUCAAGCCAAACUUGAGUCACACAGGUCGUGGAGUUCUUAGCAUGGCAAAUACUGGCCCCAACACCAACAAGUCCCAGUUCUUUAUAACAUUCCGCUCCUGUAUAUAUUUGGACAAAAAGCACACAGUGUUUGGACGAGUUGUUGGAGGAUUCGAUACCAUUACUGCAAUGGAAAAAGUGGACACCGACCCAAAAACAGACAGACCAAAGGAGGAUAUCCGAAUAGAAAAUACCAUGGUUUUUGUGGAUCCAUAUGAGGAGGCAGAUGCACAGGUGGCUUUAGAAAGAGAGAAGGCUCGGAAAGAGGAAGAAGAAAAAAAAUUAAAGGAACAGCCAGUGCUUCCUAAAAAAGACCAAGUUCAAGAACCCAAAACCUACAGGGCAGGGGUUGGAAAAUAUAUCAACAUGACUGCAGCAAAACGUUCUGCUGAGGAUGAUGACAGCGGAGCCUCUACAAGCAAAAAGGAGAGGGUGACUCGUGGCUUUGGAGAUUUCAGCUCUUGGUAGCACCACCCUACACUGCAGUUCAUGUGCCCACUGAAAGUUUUAGAACACAUUUGACAGGAGCAUAUCUAACAUUCAGAGUUGUCACAGACUAUAGCUGAUCUUUAUUUGAUGACUUUUGUUUUACUUGGGGAUUGAUAAGAGUGUUGGUAAGAAGAGAACAUUUUAUAGGUACCAGGAACACAACCCAGUAGAUAAGAACAGUUUGUCAUUGUCCCCCUUCUAUCUGUUUAUUGGUUCUUUAAAAUGGAUACUAUUGUCAUAAAGUCCUUUUACAUGGGUGGAUGGGGGCAUGACAACAAGUGGCGAUCCUGGUGAUCAGCACUUAUUUAAUGAACCUUCUUACAGCCAACUUAUCAUGCCACCAGGUCACAUAAGUGAUCACUGGAGCGUUUAUAUGGCCCUUAACUUCAUUGUUGUUGGCCACAUAGCCUCUGUUUACACAGGGCGAUGUGUGGCUGAUAUGGAUCAUUUUAAGGAUCAUGGGAUCAGCUGAUCAAGCAUUUUCUCAUGUGUUGGGUGAUUGCUGGCCCUUUCACACAGGCAUGUUAAGAGAACUAGCCUUCCUACGAACACUCAUUUGCCCAGAACAUUAUCUUGUGUAAAAAUGCUCUGUACUCUUUAACAGUGAGAUGUUUAGCAUUUUGCCUGGGUGCAGUCAUAUCGGGCUGUAUAGACGCUGGACUAUUGUUUCUCAGUGGUAUUGGUUACAGGAAUUCUUAUAACAAUGUUAACCUCCAUGAUCACUACUUGUAUUUCUUAUAUCCAGUGCAGAGAACACAAUCCUUUAUCAUGUGUUAAUUUAUAGAAGCAUUUUCAUUUUUUUUGCUGUAGGAUUCAAAUUAUUUUAAAGGGUCCCUUUAUAAUGUUGGAGCCUUCUGGAGUAGACCUGUUCAGAGGCUCCUAUCCAGCUCAACUCUGCAUUAGUCUGUCUUCUGUUUAGGUUUUCCACAUCACUGAGAAAACUAUGAAUGUUUGAGUUUUGUGAUUUUUACCUUUUUGUUUCUGUACAUAAAAUAUAUUUUUUAGGAUCA